AAAGCACUGUCGACUGUUAGUGUUCAACCGAGCCAAAGAACGAUGCUGCGUAUUCUCGUUUUAAUAUCAGUGGUUGGCAUUGCCAUCUCUUCGCCGAAAGAGAAAGUACUUCAAAAAAGAAGUUACGAUCCAUCUAUGCGUGGAUUCUGGCCUAUGAAUGCAGACCACACCAUCAUGGAUCAAAUCUAUUAUACUUACGGUUUUGAAUAUGGUGUUACAGUUGAUAAUACACAACAUGGUAAUAUUUGUAGUGGAUACAGGUUCUAUGGUAAUAACGGGUCAUACAUCUAUUUUCAUAGCGACGGUCAAAUUACAAUACAGUAUUCAUUUACAUUGCUGGUAUACGCUUACCCAACUGGUGUUGCUGGACCAAUAAUUUACGGGAGCGGGAGCGCUGAUCUGUGGCAAACUGCUGCAAAUCAGGCACUUCUCCGCAUAAGGUCCCAACGCGACAUGUCAGCAUAUUAUCCGAACCUAACGACAAAUGGACUUGUUCAGAACGAGUGGAACUUUAUUGGAGCAACUUAUGACUACAAUAGUGGCGAGGAAAAACUAUAUUUGAAUGGUGCUGUAGUGAAUAGUACUAAUAUUGGUUCAAUAGAAUUUGCACGUGUAGGAAACAUUGUUGUAGGAGCGGUUACUGACGAUGCCCGAUAUUAUAAGGGUUUGGUAACAUGUAUGCAACUAUAUGACCGUGCUUUGUCGCCUGAUGAAAUAAUAGAAGCUGAGAAGCUAUGUACUAAAUGUCCAGCAGUUGUACGUGGUGAUCCUCAUUUGACUACCUUUGAUGGACGUGCGUAUAGUUUCCAAGGUACGUGUUGGUAUACACUGGUGAAGGACUGCUUAAAUACUAAUCCUGAAUUUGAAAUCCGUGCUAAUUUUGCUCCACGGGAUGAUGUUGACGUUCUGAAGACGAGAACUGUUGCUAUAAAUGUAACUGUUGGUGAAGAAAGCAUCAUUGUGGACACACACAACACAGUAUCUGGUAAUAGCAAUGAUUUAAAGUUCUGGGAAAGACAUAUAGAUGUUAGCUUCAAUGACAAUACAGUGAUGAUAUCAUUUACGGUGAAGGAUACAACGUUCACUUUGCGUUGGAAAGGAAGGAAACACAUCUUCACUGCAGACGUUUCUGGAACAGCAUACCAUGGGAAAGUGUGUGGGUUGCUUGGCAACGCCGAUGGUGAUUCCCACAAUGACUUCAUGAUGUCUGAUGGCAAAGUUUCUAAAGAUGUGAAUGAAUUUGGAGAGAGUUGGAAAGUAGCUGACAUGAGAUGUGAGUAGAAAUAUCAUAUAUGGUGCACAUCGAUGGAUUGCAUGGCUCAUUAGAGUGGGUUUGCGGUUUGGGAUUUUUGAUCAAAUGAAAUAUAGGAUCAUAUGAGUUUGAAAUAUGUUAUUAAAAACAAUCAUCAUUAAAAUAAUUAUCAUCAUCACCAGCUGGUCAUCAAAAUGAUACAUCUUACACGAGUUAUUACAAAACAAUAUCCAGCAUUAAAGUGUUGUACUCUUCUCAAUUUCUUAUAUAUUAGCAAAAACACUUAUAUAUUAGAGAGCGAGCUUGAAUGUAUAAUUUAUUCAUUUUUAAUUUCGGGUGGAAUGCAUGACUGUAGAUAUUCAAAAAUAGUUCAUGUAAAACCAUGCUUGUUAGAUUAUUGCUAUACGAAUUAAAAUGCAUAAAGGGAAAUGUAA